AAUUGUCUAUCUUGCAACCGUCGCUGAAACCUUUCAGACUGGUCACAGAGACUUUUUCUCCGCUAUCUCGAAUGCAAUCAAGCAUUGUAGAAGUCCGGUGCGCAGCACCGGAUGGCGUGCAACUACUGCUCCAAGCGGCCAUAUCAACCGAGCUGGCGGUGAACAUCCUGACCCCGCAUGGACUUUCCCGCCUGCCUCCGGCAUUUCCAAUUCAGCAGCGCUCCGACGAGAUCGCUGUGCAAUCACCUACCGGCAGGCCAUUCGCGGUCCGCGACUCGAUCCGCUUGCACUUCUGGCUCCAUCGCACCGCAGCCAGCAACGAGAGAGACUUUUACAUUCCCGUCGAUGAAGCUGCAGGGAUUGUAGACCGGGAAUAUCCCACCAAGGUGCAUAUCAUCAUCGGAAGCGACUGUGAUCUGAGUUUACAGGCGUGGGACACGCGGAACCCAUUGAUGUGGCCGAUAGCAUUGGCUCCUCAGACCCAAGCCGCAAAAACCACACAGGAGAAGAUCCAGGAAGCGAUCAAGAAGAAUGCAGAGGAGGAGGAGAGGCAAAAGCGAGAAAGUCAGAAGAAGUCUACUGGGCCGAAGCCAGCGGCUGCGAAGCCAGCGGCAUCUGCGUAGAGUUGAUGCGGACAGAGGUGGGGGGAAAGAAAGGAGCCAACCCUCACAAGGUGCAGCACAGUGACAGCAUUAGUUCCAUUACUCCUCUGGGUAGUCCGUGGGAGGAGCGUCACAAUUGUCCUGCCUUGAUUAUCUCCCUGUCUUUGGUUUCGUUUUGCUUUUUGCUAUUCGUGUUCCCCUUCUCUUUUCAUUCUCGUCCUGUUUGUGUGAUCUUCUCAGUACUGUACGUCUUUUGAGACAUUUUGAC